CAUGCCUCUCUCCAUGCCGUCCUCAAAAGAAUUUGCAUGAAUUGUCACUAUCACCAUUGCAGAAUAAAAGGAGAUUCAAUCCCCAUUAGUUAGGUAGGCCAUCUUCGCGUAACUCCAAUGAUCUUUUUUCUCGUCUAUUACUGACUUAAGCUUCGGAAGGGCGAGUACCCAAUAUCCUCCCGGGUGGACAAAUUGUCUUGUUUGCAGGGUCUACUAAGGCUGUAAAACGGAGCUUAAACAAAAUCGUUUAAGAAUAGGGGAAUGAACUAAUCCUUCUGUCAGCCUAUCCCUUCUCCAUUACAGUCCAAAGCCAGUAUGAUUUAGUCAACUACCCCUUAAACCAGACCCUGUAGGAAGCGAUUCCCCAAUUCAUUUGCCUCUCCUCUCCAUCUCUUCCACUAGUUCAUUGUUGGUUUCGAAUAUCUCUUGGGUUUGAAUUGAAACUCCCAUUUCUUAAAACACAAUAUUUGCAGAGCAGAAGAGAAUUCCAAGUUUAAGAUGAGAGCAGAGCUGUGGAACAAUAUCCAGAGGGUUCUUCCGAACGAAAUCCAGAGGGAGCAGUUAAAGCCAGGGGAUCACAUCUACACAUGGAGGGAUGCCAAUACAAAACACCACGGGAUAUAUAUCAGUGAUGAAAAGGUGAUCCACUUCACUGAAGGGGCAUGGUCAGAUAGUACAUGUCCAAAAUGCGGUAAUCAAUCAAGUUUUCAUGCUGUGGUCUAUUCCUGCAUUGAUUGUUUUCUUACUGGUGGAUAUCUCCAUCUCUUUGAAUAUAGUCUUAAUGCGGCUCUUUUCCUCGCCAAAUUAUUGAACGGUACCUGUACCCUUGCCUCUUCCGAUACGCCUGAAGUUGUCCAAAACCGUGCGUCUUUCCUCCUCAGUAAUGGCUCGGCUGACUACUACAGUUACAUAAACAACAGUGAAGACUUUGCAAUAUAUUGCAAAACAGGGUUGCUAGUGAUAGAUAACAUUGAUUUCAGCCGUAGGUUUUUGCAGACAGCAUUUUUCUUGGCUAUUACUGCUGCAGUUUAUCAACAGCAACUCAUUCCUGAUACUGUUUUUUGUGGUAUUUUGGGUAGAUUUUUUGGCUUACACUGUAUUAGUAGAUUUGCUUCUGAUAUCAGAGUUCGUCCUAAUGUUAUUAAAGUUGAUCAAGCACUGAAUUUGCCUCAAAUUGACGACAUAUUGGCUUCUGGUCCUGAUUGGGCCUUCCAGCGUAAAGUUCAAUCCAUAGUUGACAAGUUUUUAGUACUGUUGAUACUUGCAUUUGCUUUACGUUUGUGGUCUGAUCCUGUUCAAGUGUGGUCUGACACUCUUGAAGUGGUCUGGAGUCUGCCGUACAUCACGUCUUUCUACUGGGCGGUAUUACAGAAGAGGCUGCUUUCCAACAAGAUACAGAAGGAACAACUGAAGCCUGGGGAUCACAUCUACACGUGGAAGCGUGCCUAUACCUAUGCCCAUCAUGGUGGUCCUUUUCUUCUUCUCCAUUUAUUAUUAUUCUUCUUUUAGAAGGUGUAUUAAUUAAACACUUUGGUUUUGGGCUGAAUUAAAUUAACUGUAAACCGUUUAUUUCUUAAUUAUACAGUAUUAUGUUAUGAAAUUCGGAUACCGUGGAGUUCGCUUAUUUGCCCCUGCUAUAUGUAUAUCUCACAAAAAUAUGAAUGUAUAUAUAUAUAUAUAUAUUUUGUGACUCAGGGAUAUACGUGGCCAAUGGAAAGGUGAUCCACCUUAAUCGAGGAGAAGCUUCUAUUAGUGGUGGUGGCCAACCAACGCAGUAUCAUGUGGAAUCUUGCUGUAUAAAUUGUUUUCUUGCUGGUGGGGAACUCUAUCUCUAUAAAUAUGGUGUUAAUCUUGCUUUCUUUCUCGCCAAAAUUCGAGGGGGUACCUGUAAACGUGCCUCUGCCGAUCCAACAGAAGCUGUCCUGCAACGUGCAGAGGAUGGAGAAUUUGGUGCCUACAACCUUUUAAACAGCAACUGUGAAGACUUUGCAGUAUAUUGCAAAACUGGCUCGCUUCCAGAAGAAGGAUUUCAUAGCUCCAAUGGGCAAAUAGCAGCCAUUGCAGCUAUCCUUUUAGCUAUUUAUUAUUUAAUACUGAUUAUAAACCCGACUAGUUAUUUUAAAGAUGUGGUUGCGACGGUUUAUUUCAUUUACUCAAUUUUUAGAUAUGGAGCAGAUCACGGCACAAGAGUUCCACCUCAGGAAUUGAGGGCUGCAAUACAAACUAGAAUAAGAAAUUAUCUCUUCAUGAUAAGCUUUUGCAUAUAUUUAGUUUUUCUACUAUUAAAGAUGUUGGUUAUGAUCAGGACAAUAGACUGAAGAACAUAUCCAACAUUCAUCUACUGGUGGCAAGUCUUAUUGCAACAGUGACUUUUACAGCCAGUUUUACGGUGCCUGGAGUGUAUGAAUAAAACGAAUCAUCCAGAAAAAGGCUUCGCAUUGUUAUCUAACAAGACAUCUUUUCAAUUGUUUGUGAUAGCAGAUUUGUUAGCCUUCUACUUCUCCUCAGCCUCAGUUUUCUUACAAUUUAGUGGUGCCUUGGAACACAAUCAUCAUCUGCUCUUACGUUUCACUAGAGUUGCUGCAACACUCACUUAUAUUUCUAGCAUUGGGAUGGUUGUGGCUUUUACUUCAGCCAUGCAUGCUGUAACGCCUAGUUCCUCAAUGCUAGCAUAUUAUACUUUUGUAUCGGGGUAUCUGUUGUGUAUUUGCUUAUAUCUUUGGGUUUUUAUAGAUUUGUUACCACCACAUCUAUUUUAUACAAUAAAUGUCUACAAAUAUAUGUAAUCAAUUGUAAUACAUAUUGUAUAACAACAUAUAAUCUCCC